AUGGAUAAUACCAAACCUGCCACAGGGAGGAAAAGCCUCCCAAAAAUGAACUCAAUAUGGAUUGAUGAAGACCAAGAGGAAAAAUUAUACAACAUCCAAGCGCAAGUUAUGCUUAAUGAUGAUAACUCUAAUGAUGAUUUGCAAAAUAUUAUGUUUUUAAACAGCAAGACUCCACUAUUGAAUAACAAAAAAAAUAUUGAAUUACCGCCAUUAGAUGAAAACCAAGGUAAGACAGGAAAAACUCCUAAAAAUGCAAAAGUUAACCAAAAGACAAAAGGAAACAGUCAAGAGGCUAGAAUCUCUACUAUGAAAUUACUGAAAUUAUUUGGUUCUCGUAAAGAAACAAAGCCGUUAACUAUAUCAACGCCUUUUGAUUUCCAACAUAUUUCCCAUGCAAACGGAUUUUCUUCCGCUGCUGAGGCCCGUGAAGUUGAAAGGCAUGAGCUGAAAAGAGAAACACUGCAAACUCCUAGAGCAUCCAUUGAUCUAACCCAAGUAGCUCUACAAUCACCAGUUCGUCUAUCCACCAAACCUAAUUAUCAUCACUCUUCUUCGUCAAGAAGCUCCUCGAAGUUCAGUGAAUCCCCUUCCGGCUCAAGUGGUAUCAUGUCCAACUUCACAGUUGAUACAUCUGUGGAUGAAGUUUCAGUGGAAUUAUUGACUACAGAAAAUAAAGAUGAUGAUAGCGUCUAUUUAAAUGACUUGAAAAAUUAUAAUUUCCCCUCUAUUAUUAGUCAGUCAUUAGAUAAUAUGCAAUCCAAUUCAAGCAAGGAAAACUCAACAAGCAAAUUAACUUCUGAGGACCCUUCACCAACCGAUAUUGCUCCUUCAAUUGGUAAAAAGCAAAGAAUAUCAGUGGAUGAUAUUUUGAGAUUCUACUCUGGGAAUUCCAAUUCUAGGUCAAGUACUCAAGCAUCUAUACCAAUUAAGGGUGUGUAG